ACAUAGAAAAACUUUCCUGUUUCCCAAAGGAGAAAAACAGGAAAUGUUUUUAGCUCCAUUACACUUGAAUUCUGUUCAUGAAAUGUAGAAAUCAUGCUACUCGGGAACAUUGCAUGCAGAUAAACGAGGGAGAUUUGGGUCCAAGACUCUCUUACUUGGUUUUUCAGCACCACAUUGAGAAGAAGGGCUGGAAAAGGAAGAGAAAGAAGAGCUGUAUUCUGAAAGCUUUCAGAGAGUGCCGAAGGGAACUGGAGGAGACUCGGCAUCUAGUUUUACUUCUACAAAGCCUCCUACACAAGCUCCCUGGAAACGCCGAAGUCAAUCACCUCUCUCAUGGAGAUGCCCCAGAGCCUCAAGAAGACCAGCCUGCCUUGAGGAAGCUGCCCACAGACACUGGGCCCCACGACUCCCAGCUCAGUAAAUCCUGUUUGGCAUCUCUCAUCAGCUUUCUCUCAGGCCCUGACCUCCUUCACCACUGUCUUUCAUGCUUCUCCUGGUGCUGGGCAACUGCCAAGGCCACCUUCUUCUCCAGCUGGGCACAUGGCAAAUCCCAGCAAGAACAUCUGUCUCCCCACCCACCAGACACUGUGCUCUGGGAAGGCCCCGCCCACUGGCAUGCAGAGAUGGGAAGAGGGGACCAUGCUUUCAUCCACCCUGACGUGCACAAGCUGCUGGAGAUGCUGAUCAGCAAGAGAGUCAAACAGAAAAUGCUCCAGGAAAAACCAAAGGGCGGCUCAUUUUUUGAACUGGUGAACACAGACCACCCCCGGGUUUCUCUGAGAAACCUGUUAAAGUCACUGGGUGACAAACUCACCUCUGCACAGCCCUUCUGCAGCACAAAGGGCAAAGCAGAGUGGCUUCUUGGGUCUCAGCAGCCCUCUCUCCACAAGGUCCUGGGCAGCCCUUUAGAGCGUGAAUGCAGCCUGCUUUUCUGGGGCCUGCCCUCUCUGCACAGUGAGUCCCUCGUGGCCACUGCCUGGGCUGGUGAAAGAUCUUCGUCUACACGGUCUCACUGUAUUAAAUUUAAUGAAGCUCACACCCAUAUCCCAGGUCCAUCUCUACAAGACUCGCCCCUAGUUCUGCCGUCUGUCCAGCCGCCAGCCCAACUCCUGUGCUUUCCCCCAAAGCCGCAGCCUACCUCUCCAUCCCAGGUCAGGGCCUGUGGAACAACUUGCUCUACAUCCCAGAAGAAGGCACAGUCGUUUCUUCCUAUUGAAAAUCAGGAUCUCGAAUGGACCCUGCAGAAGCCAUUGAAAUGGAGACAGGCUUUAAACUCUAAGCUCCAAAAAGCUCAAGAACCCAUUAGCCUACCUACUCUCAACCUUCCUCAGGGCAGCCAGGCCUCUGAGGCCCCACAGUCUUUCUCCAUGCUUUCUGGGGAUUCUUGCAGCGCUGUACUGGAGAAGAAACCAGAGUGUCACAGGCCAGGGAGAUUCAACAGAGAUGAGGGUAGCGAGAACUUGCCCCACCCUGCCUUUAGGUUCCAAACUCCCAUGCAGCCUCCGGGCAAACUCCCAAGCAAGUGUCAGGGGCAGGCACACGAUAGCCAUGGACCCACCCAGCACACCAAACACUCGGUACCUGCUUGUAAUAGCAGCAGAGAUGUUCAGAAGACAAAGUCCUGGCACUGUGGCACACUCUUAAAUAAGGGUUCGGUAAAUCUCAACCUAAAGGAGAGAAGCAAUGUUUUACCAGAGGCAAACAAAGGCCAAGAAGAUACAUCCCAGAGUACGGAAAGCCCCUUACCAAAGGAUGCAGAAAGUGACACCAUUUGGUCUGAGGAGUAUAACUCAAGAAGUCACUUCUCUAGGGACCCAGAUCAGAAAAUUCUGGGAAGAGGCCUGCAAGCCCAUCCAAGCAGGAAGUUGGGCCAAAUCAGUGAAGGCAUAAUCCCUGCCUGUGUAAGGACAGCCUGUCUUACUGCCAACCACACUUUGCCCAAAUCAAACGCCCUCUCACAACCAACAAAGACAAGAUGCUCUAAGAGUGGGGAAAUAUCUGUGAACGCCUCUCAGGAGGUGGCCUUUCCUGAUCCCAAAACUCGUAUAUUGCUGGAAGCACAUAUUAUGAAGUAUCGGUUAAGGCACAACUGGGGGCCACUCUUCCAGAACCUUGAGCACAGAAAUAGCCACAUAGCCCAAGCUCAAGCCUCACCCCCCACAGAGCCCCCCUUAGUCUCCUCAGCCUCCUGUGACUCCAGAGCUGACUUCAUUACCAAAUUAGCCAUUUCUGAGGAAGAAAUUCCUGAGAAAGUUCUAGGGAAGAGAGAGACAGCACAAAUGUUGUCUCUCCCUCUGCAGAGCCCUCUCCCUGCCACCAGGUCAUCUGCAUGGAAGGAAGUGCAGAGAUCUGGCACUGGGACCCCAUCUGAUCACAAUGAUGGGCCCUCAGACAUCCCUCCAACUGCACAGGAGGUUGGGCUUCCUUCUGCUGCCUGCACCCAGCAGAGCAGCACUGUUCUCAGGAUCGAGAGAGGCAGCCCAUGGCCCACUCCAGGCCUAGCAAUGGCCAAGCAUGAUCCAGGGGAGGGGACUGGGAUGGUGGCCUUCAGAGGUACCUGCCACAGCACACCAAUGUUGGAAAUCAAACUACUGUCCCCACUCUCGGUAGCCAAAGAGAGCAGGAAGCUAGAGGUGGAGGAGAGGCACCCGGCAUGGGAAGUCACCAUAGGAGCCAGCAUGAUGGAAAACUCUCAGAACAUCAACAUCAGCCUAAGGUCUUUCGGGUCUCAGGACACCAGUAAUCACUCCUCCCCCUCUAAUCAAGCUCCAAAUGUCGGGAGAAAAGUGGAGUGUCAGCUGGACAUCAAGAGGCACAGAGAGAGGGAGAACUGGCCUCAGGAUGUGUCCAGUGAUAACCGUCAAGACUGCCAUGCUGAGGGGCUCCUAAGCACAGGCACCUGGCCUUCGCAGGCCUCUCUGUCCCGCUCUCAGUGCACACCCCACAGCCACACGCCAACCUCGCAGUUCCCGUGUGACCGCUCAAUGAAUGGAGAAAGCUGUCGGGGGCAGCAUGAGCCCAGCAUGUCCGGAUUCCAGGACACAGAAAAGAGCAACAAGAUGUUUGGUCCCACUACCCAAAGUAAGUACUACAGGAAGCCAGGAAAAGAAGAAGAAUCCUUUGCAGGAGUGAGGCCCCCCUGUGACCAGGAGCUGAGCCCUCCUGCACAGGUCAGGGAAAUAGAUACCCCUGGGACCAAAUCUUCUCCACACCUGCCAGAGAAGGGCCAGGCUUCUACAGAAAGCUUAAUUAACAAAAAUAUGAAGCACUUUCAGCAGUGUCCUAACACCAACAAACAGCGCAAAGGGCAGGAAGACUCCAGGCAAAAGCCCAAACCCUCAUCAACCCCUGCUCAGAGCCGAGCAUCAGUCACAAACAGAGUGGUUAGAAACUUGGAGGAAACAUAUGCACAGAUGCUCUUGACAGUUGUUGGACAGAUUCUGGUAAAGAAAUUAGGGCUUCUCCACGAAAGUGCUCCUUCAGGCGCAAACUCCCAUAAAGCAGAACCUCCUGGACCUGUGGGUAGGCGUGCCUGCUACCACAGGCUUCCCUCCAGCCCAGACAAGAGGACAACGGUGAAAGACAUGGCCUGUGCCCACAACAAUCCCAGUGCCCACAGCCAUCCCACAAAGAGCAUGCGGGUCAGAGACAGGGACAGCAGUCAGGUCUUGCUGCCUCAAGCGCCUGCGCGCCCCACCAGUCAAGGCCAUCACAGGCCAACAGGCAGGGGUGCCUCAGGUUACAUUUACCAUCGCACCACAAGCUCUUUCCAAAGAGUUGUCUUUUCUCAAAUGCAGCAGAAGCUUCCUCAUGCCUUUUCUUCUGAAGAAAACUUCUUUGCAGAGGAAAUGCAUUAAAAGAGAAACUGCUUUGUUUCAUGCGAGCAUAUCUCCUAUAUGUAAAUGCUUUCUUCCUCCCAAGAUGUCUGUUGCUUCCUAAUGU